AUGGCUUUUGAAUGCAUUCCGGUGGAGGAUAAGCCCUCCACGCGAGCUUUUAUCCACUCGCCUCAACGCGACUUGGACCAAAACCAGACGCACACCCCUUCAGCACAAACCCUAGUCACGGUCCUCAAUAACAUGGACCCAAACUCUAACCCCAACUCACAACCUGCUGAAGAGCAAACCGGACAAAGCCCUGGCGGCAUCCGUCCUGAUGAAGAACCUACUGCCCCCUUGCCAUCCCCUCCCAUGGGGCUCCCGCCAACCGCGCAGCCGCUCGAAGAGACCACUCCAGCGGACGCUCCUCCUCUUGCUGAGCAUGAGGAGGCGGGAGUUUGGAUGGAACUGCCUGCCCAAUUUGAUGGUAACCUCGCCGCCCUUUUUGACCGUCUGAACGACGGACCUAUUUUGCUUGACUUCGACGAUGACGGCGUCGGCCGACUCCAAGAUCUUGGAACGGAUCUUGCAGCUGCCAACGAGGCCUUUGCCUUGAUUCGCCAUCUUGGAGCACUGCCUGAGUUUGACAUUCGCGAAGUUGAUGAGGAACACCACGCAGCCGCCUGGCAAGACGUCAUGCAGACCCUCUCCCCUGAGCAUCAAACUGUGCUCAGAGACCUCGCAAACGACACCCAUCGGAUCAUGGCGGAGCUGGAUGAAAAUCCCAAUCUCGCCAGCAUGACCGCGGACGAGAUCAGUGCGAUCAGGAACAACCUGGCGGAGAUUCGCCAGAACGCCGCCAGAUUACCGGCAGAAACUCAAGACCUUCUCAUCGAGUGGUUCGCUGAGGUAGACGCCGACACCGCGCGUCUGCUUCGCAUCCCUGCCCAGGUUGCAUCGGCUAGACAAUCGUUAGUCACAUUCCUCGACAACUUGGUCACCACAGACCGGGAGGCACUAGUAUUGGAUGCCCCCGACAACAGCUCCCCGCAUUGCCCAGUGUGCUUCGAGGAUUACAUCGAAGGGGAUGUUGUUGUGUUGCUGCCGUGCCACCCAUCGCAUCAUUUCCACCGGGCAUGCGUUCAUGACUGGCUGCAAGCCCUGAUCCCCCACCCCCUCACUUGUCCAACUUGCAGGGCCCUUAUCCCGGUCCCCAUGGCGCCCGUACCUGACCCACAGUAA